CCAUCAACCUACCUUACAGUAGAGUUUCAGACAGUUGAAGAGAAAGAGAGGAGUACGUCUUCAAACAAAUCAUGGCUUCCCUGAAAAUUUUCUCAUUUGUUGCCGUUGCAAUGGUUUUAUCCAUGUCUCACUCACAAGCUCAUCGGGAAGGUAACUGGGGGGACGAAACAGUUCCAUACACAUUGGGUCCGGAGAUGAUGACAAAGUUACGUUUUUACUUCCACGAUAUUGUCGUCGGAGAUAACCCAACGGCUAUUAGAAUAGCGGAGGCGCCAGGAACGAAUUCUUCUCCUACGUUUUUCGGGGCAUUAGUGAUGAUAGAUGACCCUCUGACUGAAGGACCCGACAUCAACUCUAGACUGGUGGGUCGAGCUCAAGGUUUUUAUGGAUUAUCUGGAAUGGAUGAGAUAUCUUUGAUUAUGGGAAUGAGUCUGGUUUUUACUGCAAAUGAGAAGUUCAACGGGUCUACUAUUAGUGUUUUUAGCCGAAAUCCUGUCACCCAUACAGAACGAGAAUUCGCCAUUGUUGGUGGUACAGGGUAUUUUAAGUUUGCUCGUGGGUUUAUAAGUGCUAGAACUUAUAAUGGUACUGGUCCAAAUCCUAUCGUCCAGUAUAGUUGUACUAUCGUUCACCCAAGGAAAAUCUCAUUUUAUUAGCCAAGCACAAUAAUUAAAAUGCUAUUGUCGAGUACCAUAAUACUAUUGUGCACUAUUAAUUCAAUUUUUCAAUAAUAUUGUAAAAGUUAAGGUUUUAAGCCUUGACAUGAAACUGUUUAUUGUCUGUGUCUACUAUUGUUUUCUUUGUUGUUUGCAAUGAUUCCU